AUGAAUAAGCAAAGCUCAUAUAAAACUGUUUUUGGAGGCUGCUCCUCUUUAAUUUUGCUAGUAAUUUUAAUUCUGAUAUUCUCAUCAAACAUAACAUCCUUUUUCAACAAAGAAAGUUUGAGUGCAACUGUUUUAACUGAAUUUGAAGAAAUUCCAUCCUUAUCAAUUAUAGAUGAUUCAUUUUUUUUAUUCGCUGUUCAAAUAGAUUAAGAUGACUUUUUAAAGAAACCUUUUUACGAAAUCAAAAUAGAUUAGUUCCGUAUCCAAAAGUUUUUGAACGGAUCUUCAAUUUAAACUUAAAAGGAAGUUUAGUUGAUACCUUGCACUUUAGAUCGUUUUAACAAAAUAUUCUCUUAAUUUGGAAGAGAUAUGACAGACUAAUUCAACCAGUUUAAAUUACAUGAUUUUUUGUGCUUUGAGUAAGUGGUUCUAGAUAUAUUUGUAGCUACAACCAAUCUUUUUCAAUCUAAGGAACAUUUGGAAUUUGAAUUUUUGAAAAUAUAAGUGUAAGAAUGUAGUAAUAAAACUAAUUGUGCUUCAAAAGAGGAAUUACAAUAAGAGGUUGAUAAAAAUGGAGCAUUUAAAAUUAAAUUGUUCCCUAUUAAUAAAAUAUUGAACCCUUACAAACCAGAAGAUAAUUAUUUACAAACAUUUUUAGAUGACUCCUUUUUCUUUAGAUUUCUUCCCUCAAACAUUUAUAAGUCUGUAGAUUUAUUUAUCAAAGAAUACGAAGUUACUAAUGAUCAAAGUCUCUUGCCAUUCAGUUAAUUGGAAUAAUCAUAGUUUUACACACUAGAUUAAUCAGAAAUUAAAGAGAGAACUGAAUUAUAAAACAGUCAAUCAUCUUUUGUACAAAUCUAGAUAAGGAAAAGUCCUUAUAAAAUAAAAAUAUUUAGAAAAUAUUUGAAAAUAGAUGAAUUAUUAUCUAAUUUAGGAGGCAUAUAAUAAAUAUUUAUUUUUUUUGUUGGAACAAUUCUAACUAUUUACAAUAGAUUUCAACUUCUGGUUGAAUUAGCAAAUAAAUUAUAUGAAUUUACUUUGGUAUCUUUUCAAAAGGAAAAAUAUUACUAAGAGAAUUUAGAUUUGGUGAACCAAAUGAUUUAUAAUAAGUAAGAGAAAAUGCCUUUUUAAGAGAAGCCUCGAAAUUCAGAUGUAGAUUUAGAAAUAUAGCCCUUGCAUCAGAGUACCAUAAAUUAAAAAUCAAAAAAUGAGCUACUAAAAUUCAGUGAACAAAUGAGUCCCUCUUCCUAAUAAUAGCGUAAUCCACUAAAGAAAUAAACUGAAUUUGCCUUAAAGAAAAAUAAGUUCAUCUAUGAAUAAGAAGCUAUGGCAUCAAAAUUAAAUUGUUAGAAUGGAUUAGAAUAUUUCUAAUUACAAAUUUAACAAUUAAUUUAAAGGUCUAAACCAAUCUUGAUGACUUUUCAAAUGUUAAUUAAUUUUUUAACUUGUUAAAAAGUAUUUAAUAAUAAGAAACAUAUCUAAUUGAUGAAUCAAGCAAUGUAAUUUAUUUUAUAUUUGUUGAUUAGCGAUAAAAUCACAUAAUAAAUAGAUCUAUUCAAUAUCCUUACAAAAUUGAAUGACCUUGAGAAACUUAAAGAAGUGAUAUUCUCUCCACAGUAAUUAUUGAUGUUCAAUUUCACUCCAAAACCAUUGAUAUCCUUGGAUAAUAAAACCGAAGUAUUCAACAGGACAAUAGUGGAGGAGAGGACAAGAAGCAAUAAUACAAAAUAGGAUGAAACCUCUUCAAACUCCGAAUUCUAAAAUAAAACACAUUACAAUCUAUAAGCUGAUGCGAGGAUGUAUUCCAAAAUAUAUUCGGCUUAUGAUGAUGUCUUGCAAGAGGCUGAAAAUGAACAAGACCCUUCUAUUUGCAACAAUUUGAGUAAAUAAAUAAUUCUCAAAUUGGGUGCUGAAGUAUAAACUAUCUUUAAAUUAUCGAAACUUAUAGACUUUCACCAGAAUUAAAAUAAUACUAGGAGGAGGGGGAUGACAGCAGAGACUCUUAGAAGAGUAUUAUGUUCCAAAACAAAUUUAUAAGAAUGA